AUGGAUUCAUCUGAAUUGUCUGCACCCCAGACAAGGGCUUCGUCGCCUUAUCGAGACUACAAUCCCCGAAAGCGCGGAAGGACCGCAUGCACUCGAUGCAAGACUAGGAAACAAAAAUGCGAUAAUGAAUAUCCGGUUUGCUCUAACUGCCUUAGAGCCGGCGCCGAAUGCGACAAGGCAUCAGUACGACAGGAAAAUGCCUCCCAAAGCGAGCACACACGCGUUCUAGAAGAGCGUAUUGCUUAUCUAGAGUCCCAGCUGGAGCCCGGAACCACCAGUAGCCGCACUCCCAAUUAUGCCACACAUCCUGUGGCCACUCUUCUCUCUCCAGGACCUCACAGCCAGGAGACAGGCCAGACAGGCUCUGCCGGAGGUGGAGGCCAGGGGUCUGGAAGCGGCAUUGACCACAAUGCCGUCGGAGAACUAGUUGGCCUUCUUGCUGUCAACUCUUGCGAAGCGCCAGCAUAUAUUGGCUCGAGUUCGGGGCUGUCACUCGCAGCAAACCUGGGCGAAAUGGUCCAGGCGACGGUUUGGAACCAAGUUUUGGCUUCGUCGCAUAAUCAGCCUUCUUCCAUCUCUAGUGGAUCUAGAGAGAAUGGGACUGCGUCGUCCAACUCGAGGAUCAAUGGCCUUCCUCCGCAACCAACACCAUCCAAUAGAGUCCCUGGAUUGGAUCAACCGCGAACAUUGCGAAUGGAUGAGCUCCUCGCGAAAAGCACGGAGCCGCCGAAUGAUGAAAUGGGCGGGAGGAUGCUCCAUGCAUAUUUGACUAGGCUUCACGUCCGGUAUCCGUUUAUCGACCGCAUUGAGCUGUGGCGUCUGCACGAGGACCGCUGGCGACUGGCCAAAACGAAACGCGAAGAGCUCACAAGAUCAGAGAGAUUUGGGAUUUUCAAAUUAUAUUUGAUUUAUGCAAUUAGCGCGACUAUCAUUCAAUUAAGUGAGAAGUAUGACUAUGUUCCACCAGAACGCUUUUAUAUCACGGCCCUUCAGCAAGUGCCAGCUAUGUGUGAAACCCGAUCUGUUGAGAAUGUUGAAGCCAUGGCCCUUUUGGUUGUAUAUCACCUGCGGUCUGCCUCUAGCCAAGGCGUUUGGUAUAUGAUCGGCCUGGCUAUGCGGACAGCGAUUGACCUUGGACUACAUCGCAAAGCAAACGAGAUAAACCUUGACCCAAUCACAGUACAGAUGCGACGUCGCCUUUUUUGGGCGGUAUACUACCUGGAAAGAGUGGUAUCAGUGUCUCUUGGGCGGCCGUUUAGUAUUUCGGAUAGACAUAUUGAUAUUCCGCUCCCGGUCGACGUUGACGACGAUGUCCGCGACCCAGCACUGCUCCCCCAAGCGUCUCCUCCAUCAACUUCCACUGAAGGUAAUACUAACGGAGAAGGCGCUGGUGCAAACACUAGUAACCACCGCAUCACCUCUCUAACGUUCUCCAUCUACCUGAUUACCCUACGCCGCAUCGAAUCCCGAAUCCAACACAAGAUCUACCGCGCUGACAGACCGCUUCACUUACUCCGCUCAAAGAUGGACCACCUUUUUCUCGAGCUCGAAGAAUGGAAGGCGUCUGCGCUCCAACGUUUCACAGCAUCUCAUCUUGACUACCCCAUGCUCCACUACAACCGUGCUCUCCGCCUCCUCAUCCAGCCGUUCCUCCCAUCACUCCCUGUUACGGAUCCUUACUACCAUAUUUGCCUCCGUGCUGCGGGCGACAUCUGCCAGACACAUAAGCGCCUCCAUCAAACCCUCGAAUACGGCCAUUCCUUCCUCGCCGUGCAGACCGUCUUCAUCUCCGGCAUAACCCUCCUCUACGCCCUCUGGACACAUAGCGACCAAGUCUGGUCAGUCCGAAUUAGCAAUGAUAUCCGCGCCUGCUCGACUGUUCUAUUCGUUAUGGGUGAGCGCGCCGCAUGGGUAAAGAAAUAUCGCGACGCUUUUGAACUUCUUGUCAACGCAGCCAUGGAAAAACUCCAGGGCAACGAGGCCGCCAAAACAGCAGGAAUGGCCGAGUUGAUGACUGCUCAGCAUGCUAAACUCGGACCCGACGCUGGAUACGGCGUGGGCCUCGAUACGUCCCCCAGUUAUAUCCACGGCUCCGAUUCGACGGCGACAGCGCCAGAGUAUUCGGGUACAACACAGGCCCAUACGACGGGUUUUACGCCGGAUUUGAGUUCGGGCCAGGGGAUCGGCCCAUCCCUCGACGCAGCUAGUCAGGACCAUGGCGUGCGAAUGGCGCUACAGCUUGCGCCUUGGAUUGAUCUUGAGGACGGGAAUGAGCCAUUCUGGGUUCCUGAUUUUGAGACCCUAGAGAAUUUCUCGGGGAACCUGUGGAGUUCAGGGGAUCCGUCGCUGUUUAAUCCGCUGUGA